UGCCGUCAUCGUCCUUCCCGUCACCGAGUAGCUCACUCCGACCAAGUUCAACCUCGGCAUUGAACCGUCGGCGCUCUGCGACCUGUUUGCGGCCGCAGUGUGAAGCGGCGGGUGAGAGGUCACCCAGCGGGCCUGCGCAGAGCCGGCGGCGGCGGCGGACAGGGACAUGGCGGCGGGCGGUGGGACGUUCAGUGCGUUGCUGCGGCGAUGUCGGCGCUGCGCGGUGCUGCUGCCGCUGCAGACUUCACCCACGGCGGGCUGGAUGCCAUCUCUGGUACGAUUCAUCUGCAGCAGCAACUCCUUGCAGAAGAAAAGUAUGGCUGCUACAUUCCAUGUGAAUUAUACCGAAGAAUUUAUUAAGCAGCAAAUUGAAGAGUUCAAUAUUGGAAAGAGACAUCUAGCUAACAUGAUGGGCGAAGAUCCAGAAACAAUCAGUCAAGGGGAUAUUGAUAGAUCCAUUAGGUACCUCUUUCCAUCUGGUUUAUUUGAAAAGAAGGCUAGACCUAUCAUGAAGCAUCCUUUGGAAGUUUUUCCAAAACAGAGAGCUGUCCAAUGGGGAGAAGAUGGCCGUCCUUUCAAUUUCCUUUUUUACACUGGAAAGCAAUCCUACUAUUCACUAAUGCAUGAUACCUAUGAUCAAUUCCUAAAUAUACAAAUAUAUGAAGACAAACUAAGGGAAAAGGGUCUCUUCUCCCUGGAUACCAAGCCAGUAAACUUAGUUGGAAGCAGAUGGUUGACAAAGGAAGAAGUGGCGGAGAUGUUGGUUGAACAAAUUUCUGACUAUGAUUACAUGCACUUUCUUCAGUUACUGGAGCGUAUGUUGACCUUACCUUACUGCAGUAUAAAGGAAGAAUAUGUGUUGAAAUUUCGUAGAAAGAUGGAGGAUCAGUCCAAGAAACAGAAAGUUGAACCUUUACAACUUGAUGAGAACGGAGUAGCUUUCUGCAAAGGAGAAGGUCGAAGAAAAACAGCAAAAGCAUCGGUCACAAUUCGAGAUCAAGGAAAUGGCAAAAUAACAGUGAAUGGGGUGGACUAUUUGCUGUACUUUCCAUCACUUCAGGAAAGAGAGCAACUGAUGUUCCCCUUCCAAUUCCUGGACCGACUAGGAAUGCAUGAUCUGGAUUGUACUGUACAAGCAGGCGGGGUAUCUGCACAAGCAGGAGCAAUUCGUUUGGCAACAUCGAGGGCUCUGCUUAGCUUCGUCACAGAAAGAGAAGUGGAAUCGAUGAGACAAGCUGGCUUGUUGACUCCUGAUCCUCGUGUGAGAGAGCGGAAGAAGCCUGGUCAGGAGGGAGCGCGCAGGAAGUUCACUUGGAAGAAACGUUAAUCAGUGGCUUUUCCUGUGAAGCAACCCUGAGGUGGUUUGAAAUCAGAAGCAGAACCUCAACAAGACCUGUAGUUUGAACACCUGCUCAAACAGAUUUUGAGGACUUGCAAGAUCGUUAUUGUCUCAGAUCUCAAUUUCCUGCCUUUGAGAACAAAUCUAUCGUGGUUUUAUUUAUCUAGAAAUUAGUAUUUUCAUUGUUUAAAAUAAAAUGUGUAUCUUUAUUAUUAGGCUGAAUUUUUUUUCUAUGUGUGCUGAGGAGUCUUGCAACUAAUUCACUAUCUUAAGUUGUUAGCUAUAUGUGUUUUAUAAUGCAUUUUCUCUAUCGGUCUAUGCACUGUGGGUAGAAAUUUAUGUGCUGGACUCACAGUGCCACUGCCAAUUGGAAAUUAUCCUAUUAUAAUGAUUUGAUGAACAUCAUAAACUAUUCUCAAACUACCUCUUUCUCCUCAUUUCUACCCAAUGGAAUGAUUAAGUAAAUUCGCAAAGAUAUCUAAUACUGAAAUGUUUUCAUCCAGAACCUGGAUCUCAUUUUGCAAGUAGAUCCAAUAAAGUUUUACACAAGAAA